AUGGACAAAAUAGAAAAUGUGAAAACAACUACCAUCUGCAGCACUCCAUCCAAUCCUUUUGUGAACAUGUCCGAUAGAUCUCCAUCUCCACCGGUCAACCACCGUGAAAUGACUCUAGCAGAGAAGCGCAGGGUUCACUUGCACUUCGUCCGCUUGCGAGUCAAUGCUGAUGUUGAUGAGGUCCGACAAUUCUUAAACUCCGUUUUUAAUGGAGAAGAAGAAUCUGUUCUCAUCGAUCCGUUACUUUCCAAACCCUACUUCUUCUUUUCUCUCAUUAUCGACCUCGAUGCCAUAAUUUUUCCAGCCGGUACCACUUUUGAUUUCGAUGGUGUCUCGAUGCUUCUCGACAUUCGUGCUCGUAACGUCGAACUCACUAGACCAUUUAUGAUUAAUGCCAUUAACGACGUUUGGGUUGAAGAAAUUCAUCUGGUGGGAGAAUCAGUUGUUUAUUUUUCGGUUUACCUUCUUUAUUUAAACUAUCCCAAUUAUAUUGUUGAGGAAGAAUUCAUGGAAGAUCUUGCUGAGAUUGUCGUCCACUCUCUAGAAAAUCAAGACGAGUAA